AUGAUUCAAAAGAAAAGUGGGCAAAUGCGAAUGGUUAUUAGAAAAAUAGAAGAACAAUUUUUAUAUAAUUCCAUCCAGAAUAAUAAAUAUAUUAAAAAUAAAUUUUCAACACAAAACAAAAUAUUAAUUUAUGAAUAUGUAAAUGAAGAAAAUUGUUUUUUAUCAAAAAAAGGUGAUUCGAUUAAAUCUAUUAUGAAUUAUAAUUAUGUUAAUAAAAAAAUUAAUGAAUUAAAUUAUAUUUUAAAAAAUGAAAAAAAAAUUAACACAUUAUAUAAAGACAAAAUAAUAGAUAACUUAUACAUAUUGUGUGUCAAAGGAAAUAUUGAUCUAUAUGAUGAUAGAAUAUUAUAUUAUGUUAAUCAUGUAUUGGCAUAUAUUAAUAAAUAUAUAAAUAAUGAUGGUGAUAUAACUGUUUUGUCACAAUCUCAAGUUUCAGAAAAAAAUAUUUCUAUAAAUAAUUUAAAUGAUGAAAAUGAAAAUGAAAAUGAAAAUGAAAAUGAAAAUGAAAAUAAAAAUAAAAAUAAAAAUAAGUAUGAAAAUAUUCUUGAUAUAGAACAAUACAUAAAAUUUUUAAAAGUAUUAAAAGUAUUAAAUAUAGAAAAUAGUUUUAAUAAUUUAUUAAAAUAUAUUAGUAAAAAUAUUAAUUUUUUUCAUAUUGACAUAGUUAGAAAAAUAUCAAUAAAUCAUAAAUUUAAUAAUGAUCAAAAUUUUUUUUUUAAAGAUGUAUUAAAUUAUAUAUAUACUAUCAUACAAUGUAAUAAUAAUAUAUAUUAUAAAGAAAUAAAAAAUAUUAACAUAUGUUUAAAUGUUUGUACUAACUUUUUUUUUGGAAAAAAAUUAUCAAAAAAAAAAGCUACUUAUCAUUUUGUAGAAAAUUAUGACAUUGUCUAUAUGUACAAUUUAAACUAUAUAUAUAUGAAUCACAUAAUUGUGAUUGGAACUAUUUUAGAUGGAAAUAAAAUAAAUCAAAAAAAUGGAGAAAAAAAAAAUAUACACACACAAAUGUCCAAUAUUAAUAAUAUCACCUGUACACCCAACAAAAGAAAUGAAACAAAGACAUAUAUGAAUAAAAAAAUUUGUAAAAAUAAUUAUAAAUGUGAUGAAAAUAUUUUAACAGAAAUGGAAAUGCAAAAUAAUAUAGAAAAAAUAGAAAUUGAUACAAAAUAUAUCGACGAUUUCGAUUUUAAUUACAAUUUAAUUGACACUAUUUAUGUGGCAUAUAAAUAUUACACAUAUUUAGAAAUAAAAAAAAAAAAAAAAAAAGAAACUAGCCAUAAUGAUAAUAAUGAACAUGGUCAGAAUUUUUUUUUUUGCUUACCAGACAUAAAAAAAUAUAUCACAAAUAUUGUUUGUAAUUUUAUUAAUAUAAUAAAUAGAGAUAUAACAGGGGGUAAAUUAAAAAAUAAUAAAAAAAUAAUCUUAUCAUUAGAAAGAAUAAAUGCAUUAGUUACCUCAUUUGAUGUCCCUUUUAAAUUAGAUCAUUUUUUACUUUAUCAUUGUAAUAUUUUGUUGGCUAGUAAAAUAGAUCUAACAGUUUUAGACAACAUAAAAAUAUUGGGGCUUUUACGAAAUGUAAUCAAAAGAGAAACUAAAAAUUUGGAAAAAAAAAAAAGUAGUAAUGCUGUGUGCAACGAUCACAUAACAAAGUUAAGCAACAGCUUAGAAAAGAAAAUUAAAAAUGGUGACAAUAAUGAUGGUAAUAAUGGUGACAAUAAUGAUGAUGCUAUUAUAAAAUCAUCUUCACAUUUGACACCCUUGAAUUAUGAAAACGAAAUAAACAAAAGAAUUGACUGGUCUCUUUUUGAUAACAUGAUUAAAUUAAUUUUUGACAAUUUAAAAAAUUGUUUGCAUAAUUGUCAAAGUAAUGAUUUAUGCCUUUUAAUACCCAUGAUUUAUGAAUUUCAUAAAUAUAUGGAUGAAGAAAUAAAAAAUAUAUUAACUGUUCAGGUAAUAUUUAAUAAGGAUAAUAUAAAUCAAAAUAAUAUAAUAAAUAUAUUGAGAGUAUUUUCAAAAAUUAAAUAUAAAAAUGAAGCUAUUGAUAAAUUUUUAUAUAACCGUUUGAAAAUAUUCAAUAGUAAUUGUAGUGAUAAUAAUAGUUCUUUUUCUCAUGAUAUGUCAGAAGAAAAUAUGGGAAAUAAUGGAUUUUCGUGUCCUAAAAAUUUUUACUUAUUUUUUUAUUAUAAAAGUAAAAAUAAAUUAUUUAGUUAUAAAGACAUUUAUUAUAUUGAAAAUUAUAUCCAAAAAAAUUUUUUUGAAAUGAAUAUAAAAGAUUUUCUUUAUGUUUUAUUAAUUUAUUAUAAAAAUGGAAUAUUUUUAUUACCACAAUUGUUGCUUAAAAUUGCUGUUAUUUUUAAUAAUGCAAAAAAAAAUAUAUUUCAUGAUGAUUUUUUGUUUUGUUUAUUUUUACUUUCAAAAAAUUAUUACUUAUUAUCAAUGGACAGUAAUAAUAGUAACAUAUUUACACACAUGGAUGAAGACGAAAAUAAUGUUUAUUUAAAUAAAAUGAACAUGUUCAGAAAAAAUAAAUACAAUCAACAUCAUAUCGACAAUUUUAUAAAUAUAAUUAAUGAUAUGUUGACAUAUCUUUAUGAUGAUAAAAUGAUUAAUUACAAACCAGAGCAAUUAAAAUAUAAGAAUAAUGUAGAAGAUAAAAUAGUGAGUGAUUUAUAUGAGAUUAAGGAAAAUCAAAAAAUUGGUGAUACAUGCUCAAAAGAAAUAAAAAAGGGAGAUAUACUACUGACACCAAAUGAUAUGUUCAAUAGAGACGAACAAAUUAACGAGUUUAAGUUUGUAUUCCAAAAAUUAAAAUAUAACUUUAUAAUGAUGAAAAUAUUUUAUAAUUUUUAUUAUUCUAUUUUUAAAAAUAAUAAAAAAAAUGAAAAAAAAAUUCUGAACAGUCAGCACGAAAAAUUUAUAUUAUAUUUAUUUUCCUGUUUUAAUCAGAAUUUUUCAAAAGACAUUAAAGAAAUAAAAUAUGUUUCAUCCUUAUUAUAUUAUUUUAGCUAUUUCAAUAUUUAUUCAGCAUAUUAUUUCGAUAAACAAAUGUUGUAUAUAUUACAAAACUGUGAAUUUGAUGACCAUAAAAUAAUAACAAAUAUGUUGUUAAGUUAUGUUUUUAUCAAUAAAGAAAUACAAAGUGAUAUUAAAAAACAUAUUAAGGAAUAUAUUAUAAAAAAUUUUGAGCAUUUCAAUAAAAAUGAUGCAAUUUUAUGUUUUAAGCAUAGCAAUUAUUUUUUAAAUUUACAACAAACAGAAGAUAUAAAUAAAUCACAUGAUUAUAUUUUAUUCAUUAAGCUUUUAAAUUUUUUAGUCUCAAAUCUUGAAAAAUACAAACCUCAACAUUACUUAUAUAUAUAUACAACUAUUUGUAAUAAUUUUGUGAGGGAAAAAAGAAUUUAUAUUAAAUUAUUUUAUUAUAUGAACAAAUUUGCCACACACUAUAAUUUCGACCAAUUGUUCUUAAUACUUUUUUACAUGUACAAGACAGGUUAUAGCAAGCCAAAAAUUAGAAAAAAAAUUAGAAAUUUAAUCUUAUAUUACCAUAAAAAAAGAAUAAUUAAUUUAAGCACUUAUGUUAAGUAUAUAUUACCGCUUGAUGAAUUCGGUAUAUACCAUUUGUUUCCAAUUAAGUUCCAGAACAUCAUAUAUAAUCAGCUUGGGGAAGAUAUAAAAACGUAUGUAAGAAAGCCACUUAUGGAUAAUGAGAACAUUGGCAAAACAAAUUUGAAAAAUGUUACCCCAAAAGAGCAAGAAAAUCAUGUACAAGACGAUAGAAAGGAAAAUAAUGGAGAUACCCCAAUUUAUAUUUUUGAGCAAAUGGUUAAAAAUUAUUGA